AUGCCUGUCUUUACACCUAUCCAUGUCCUGAAACGUUCGGACGACUCGACCAUCUCGAACCCCGUCUACAUCGCCGGCAUCGUCGUUGUCGGUGUCAUUGCUCUCGGAGUGGGCUUGUGGCUCUCGCUAAGGGUGUACAGGAAGCGCGCGAUGCGGAAGCGCCAGGAGAACAUGGGCGCAGCGUUCUUCUCUGUCAAGGGGCUCGUACCUGAAGGAGACCCGGAGAAGAUGGAUGGUUCUUUGCAACGCUCGAUGACGCAGAGCAAGGGAUUCUCUCGGAACAACCUCGACGCGUCCAUCAUCCUCCCCGAGAAAGCCCUCUCUCGCCCUGGAGGUGCUGCAACCCGCGAAGAGAUCAUCAACUACCACGCCCAAUCUGGGGCGCUCCCCAAGCCCUUCUCCUUCGCCCUCUCCGGGGGUGCUCCUUCCCCGCGCACUUCAAUGCUCGACCCAGGCCCUCGCGCAUCCUUCAUGUCCUCCGCCACAUCGAAGCGCUUCUCCGUCAUGUCCUCCGUGUCUUCCGUCGGUUCCUCGACCUCCGGCUCCCUGCGCAAGGUACGCCAGGUGUUCGACCCCGUCCUCCCCGACGAGCUGCUCGUCUCGCUUGGCGACCAGCUCACUGUCGUGCAAUCAUUCGACGACGGGUGGUGUGUCGUCGGCCGGGAGUCGGAGUUCGCGGGGCUUGUGCAGAGCGCGAAGUCGCUUUUCGGCAAGCCGUCGCAAGCACAGCAAGGCAGUGAUGUCGAGCUGGGAGUUGUGCCUGCGUGGUGCUUCCUCAAGCCGGUGAAGGGCUUGAGGGCGGAGAGGCCGGUCAGGAGCUCGAGCUUAGGGAUUACGGUCCAGAUGGACGGGCCCGGAUUUUCGUCGAGGAAUGAGCUGACGUCGUGGUCGAACUUCUAG